AGAGUUGUAGUUGUGAGAGGAGCCGUAGGACGCUAGCUUGUAGUUUCACACCUCGGCAGGCUAAAGUAGCUUUGCUAACUGGCUCCAACAGCUGGAGACACCAUCUCUGUUAACACACAUACCGUUUGAGAGGAGCUCAUCUUCUGCUGAGAUCAUGGCAGAUUUCUCGCUGUCAGAUGCUUUAGGAGACGACUCUCCGAGCCAGGCAAAGAAGAUUGGAAACACUAACCCGACCGCUCCGGCCAGUCACCCUCAACCUCCUGCCAAUCCAGGAUGGCCGGGUUCAGCCCCAGGAGCUCCCACCCAGCCCUCCGCUCCGGGGGACUUUUCUGGUGGAUCCUCUGGUCCGGGGGCGCCAGGGCAGUUCCCAUAUCAAUCUGGUCCUGGGGCACCAGGGCAGUACCCGGGACCUCCUUCAGCACCUGGUGGGUUCCCCCCUGGUCCUGGGAUACCUGGACAAUACCCACCUGCACCAGGAGCUCCAGGCCAGUUUCCCUCCAGCCCCGGAGCCCCUGGGCAGUUCCCAGGCCAGCACCCAGGGCAGCAUCCUGGGCAGUACCCCGGGCAGUUCCCUGGGCAGCACCCUGGGCAGUUCCCCGGGCAGUACCCACCUGAAGGAGCUCCAGGACAGCUACCUGGAGGCCCUGUUUCUUACCCAACUGGACCAUUUCCUUCUGGCCCCGGAGCUCCCCCUGGGCCUUAUCCAAAUGUGCCUUACCCAGGAGGUCAGCCAGGAGGAGGCAAUGGGAUGUACGGACCCGGUGGUCCAGGUGCAUUCCCUCCUCCAGCUGGCCCUGGUUCCUUCCCUGCAUUCCCUGGUGGAGGCUUCCCCCCAAUGCCCACUGGGUCAUGGGGACCCCCUGCAGGUGGAGGCUUCCCUCAAGCCCCUGGCCCCUUUGGUCCUGGCCCUGGGCCUAUGGGUCCAUACGGUGGGCCUGCCGCUCCAGGAGGCAUGCUGAUGGUGCCGUAUGAUCUCCCACUUCAUGCUGGAAUUAUGCCACGACUUGUAAUCACGAUAGAGGGGGAGGCUUUUCCUGGUGCAGACAAGUUCCAAAUCGACUUCAUCAAAGGCUCAGAUGUCGUCUUUCACUUAAAUCCUCGAUUUCAUGAGCAAACAGUCGUCAGAAACUCCAACCUCGGCGGCUGUUGGGGUCCAGAGGAGCGGGAAGGGUUUUUCCCAUUUGUUCCCGGACGCCGUUUUGAGCUGAAGAUCCUUAUCGAGGAGGACUCGUUUAAAGUGGCGGUGGACAGCAACCACCUGCUGGAGUACGAGCACAGAGUCGGCGGGCUGGAGGAAGUGAACCUGCUGCGAGUGACUGGAGACAUCGACCUAUACAGCGUAGCCCCCAACAUGAUCUGAAUCACAGCUACUAAACCAGAUGCUGUACGGGAGACCCGGCGUUACACCGUAUUUGAAACAGUUCAAAUACCUUGAUGGAGUUUUUGAGGCACAAUAGUCAGUAAAAAUGCAAUCUUUGCCCUCUUGGCACUUUGUCAUUUAUUACAGAGCAGAUGGCAGAUUAACAAAGGUCAGCACAUUAUAAUCCUUUUCUCUUAUUUGCUGGAUGAUAUCUCUUUUUGUUUUUUGCCUCUCACAAUCCAAUAUAUUUAACAACAUAACAAUAUCAAAAUAGUGAAUGAGCUGAAGUGCAACUAAAACAGGCGUUUUGAGGAAACACUAAUUUAAACCUAAUGACAAGAUUGUGGGCCAAGUGGAACAUAUUUUCCACUAGUAUGCUGUAUUUUGUUUACAGUACGUGUAUGUUUAUUAACCUGUCCUUUAUAGCAACAUCUUGAUGAGCCUUUGUGAUGCAUGAGAGUGUGAUGCUGAAAAAUCAACUAGGUCUCCUUUUCCCCUUCCUACAUCAGUGCUGGCUGAUCCUGCUAAGACUCACUGGCCUGUUAGCAUCCAUAUGCUCAUGAUGAAGUUUCUUAAAAUGUAUUUAUAUACAGACUUUGAGCUCCUCCUUUCUUCAGUAUUAAUCCUCCUGACCUCUUAGACUGGAGGGUCGUGUUUUACGAAUUAUGAUUUCAUGUUGAAGUCAAAUGGAAUGCUAAAAAAGUGAGGCUCAAUUUAAAGUAAGUCGUUGAGGAGAGGGAUGAGAUCUCUGAUUAGUUGCCAAAGAUAACAGUGGUAAAAUAUUUUGAGAUUAUAUGCUUAUAAAAUAAAGGGCAACAAACAAAUAAUGACUGAUGAUGCUGUUUGAUUCAGAAUGUUGUAUACUUUUCUGCCUGUGCACAUAAUAAAUACUAGUUUCCCUGUU